AUGCUGGAAGCUGCUCUUUCAAGAGUUUCGAGCAUGAAGCGUGAGACUUGCAUCGUACACAACUACAUGGCUUACGAUGGAGUGCUUGAGAAGGCAAGGCUUGGGCAAGCAGCAUACUUUUUCUUUGGUGUCAAAAAUGAAUGGAAAGCAGGACGAGGGCUAAUGGGCAAUGUGCAACCCAAGUUCGUGAAGGAUGCUGAUGUGGGUGAACUUCAGGCUCCAAAGCGACCUGUGCUGAAAAUGUGCACCAUGCAAGAGUCAGGCUUCUUGGAGAUUCCCAGAGAUAUCCGAGACCGCUGGCUGCAAGACCCAGUUCGGAAUGCUGAUUGGAGAACACGCCUGAAGAACUUUGACAAGGUCUUUGACCAGGCUUCUGCAGCAUCUACGAUCCCCCCGAAGGUCACAAAGUCCCAGGAAGCGAUUGACUUGUCAACGAAAGACGCAACAACACCUGCUACUGAGACUCAAGCGGAGGGAGAUUGUGAGACACCACCAUCCAUCAGCCAUGAGCAAUUUACGAAGGACUACCCAAACACAUCCGCUACAGUGACCAUCAACCUGGGAGGUCAACAACUCACUUGUCACUUUGUCAACGACAAGGUGUUUUUGGGAUCUUCACAGAAAGGCCGGCUGCCGGGAAUCGCUUCAAGCAAUGCCAAGCCUGUGUUUGCGUAUGCUGGAGGGCAAUGGCUGAGCGACAGCAGCAAGGACAAGUUUGUGACAAAAAACAUUGAGGUGAUCAUGGAAGAGCAGGGGUCUUCAGGUGCUCAGGAUUCCGCUCCUAUGACCCUGCAUGAAGCCAUGGUCAUGAUGGAGAAACGAGGGAUGAUAGACCUGAAGGUGAGUGGGCAUUCUGUCGAGCGACCAGCAGCUGUCAAAAGAGGGGAUGAACCUGACACCUUGGAGGUUUCACACCAGAGCUACCUGGUCUUCAAGCCCAAUCCGGUGACGGUCAAGAAUGUGAAAGGCAGCAACAUUGCUGGAUUUGUCGGCUUCAAAGUGCUCAGCUCCUCUCG